AUGGCCGUGUCCGAUGCCGUCCUCAUUGUCUUCAUCUCCAUCUUUACCGCCCUGCUUGGAGAAGGGCUUACCUGGUUGCUCGUCUACCGAACGGAGAAGUACAAGAAGCUGAAGAACGAGGUGGAGAAGCAGUGCAAGAAGUUGGAGAAGAAGAAGGAGGUGAUGGGCGAGACGAAUGACAAGCAGCAGAAGAAGAAACUUGAGCGGGAGGAGGAGAAGCUAAAGAACCACAACCGCGACCUGUCGAUGGUCAAGAUGAAGUCGAUGUUCGCAAUCGGUUUUGCCUUCACCGCCCUCCUCUCCAUGUUCAACAACAUUUUCGACGGACGAGUGGUCGCCAAGCUGCCCUUCACGCCGAUCGGCCUCAUCCAGGGCUUGUCCCAUCGGAACCUCGCCGGCGCCGACUUUACCGACUGCUCCUUUAUCUUCCUCUACAUUCUCUGCACCAUGUCCAUUCGCCAGAACAUCCAAAAGAUUCUCGGCUUUGCGCCCUCGCGGGCGGCCAACAACCAGGCAAAUCCCUUUGCGCCAAUGGCCGCCAGAUAG